AUGGCAAUUGAAACUGAAACUCCCUCUGCGACUGGAACUCCUUCUGUGAACAUUGCACCAGCGGUCACGCCUACAACCCGUGCCGCUGUGCCACCGGCUGAGAAACCUGCGAAGUUCACCGGUGCCAACUUUAAAGGAUGGCAGCAGAGAAUGUUCUUUUGGCUUACCACCCUUGGUAUGCAAAAGUUCACCAGUGAGGACCCUCCUGUGCCUGCCGCCGACAUGCCUGACAAUCAGAAGUUCAUGGUUACUGAGGCUUGGAAACAGGCUGAUUUUUUGUGCAAAGGCUACAUUUUGAGUGCCUUAGAAGAUGAUUUGUACAACGUCUACAGUGCAGUAGAGACCUCCAAAGAAUUAUGGAGUGCACUGGAAAAGAAGUACAAAACUGAAGAUGCUUGCUUGAAGAAGUUUGUGGUUGCCAAAUUCCUAGACUACAAAAUGGUGGAUGGAAAAACUGUUGGAACCCAAAUCGAGGAAGAUAACAAAACCGCUGAUAAGAGGUACCGUAAGAGUUCACCAAUUGAAGGGGCAAGUGUCGUUGAAGAUGCUGCUCCGAAAAGAACAAUAAAAGGAAGAGGCGUUCUGGAAAGGAGAAGCCAUAAAGCUCCCGACUGUCGUGCCCCCAAGAAGGACAAAGAGAAAAACAAGGGUCAGGCAAACAUGGUGGAAGAUGUUGAUGACCUAUGUGCAAUGUUGUCCGAGUGCAACCUGGUUGGCAACCCAAAGGAGUGGUGGCUUGAUUCUGGCGCCACUCAACAUGUGUGUGCCGUUAAGGAAGCAUUUACAACUUACACUCCCACUGGACCUGACGAGGAGCUAUACAUGGGAAAUACUGAAGAACCUAGUUUCAGCCGCACUACUCGUGAAAAAUGGGUUUAA